GGCGCGUCUCCCGCGCUUAUGCCAUGGACCGUAACCCAUCGCCCCCGCCGGCCGACCGGGACCAGGAGGAGGAGCAGGACCCGGCCGGGGGAGACUGCGUGGGGCGCACGGUGUACAGCAAGCACUGGCUGUUCGGCGUCCUCAGCGGGCUCAUCCAGACCGUUACAUCUGAAAAUGCCAAGUCCGGCUCAGACGACAAGGAGUCACAGAUGGAGCUUGAUGAAGAAAUGGAGAAUGACAUCUGCAGAGUCUGGGAUAUGUCGAUGGAUGAGGAUGUGGCUUUAUUUCUCCAAGAAUUUAAUGCUCCUGACAUAUUUAUGGGCAUACUGGUCAAAUCCAAGUGCCCCCGAUUAAGAGAAAUCUGUAUGGGAAUUCUAGGUAACAUGGCCUGUUUCCAGGAGAUCUGUGUGUCCAUCAGCAGUGAUAAAAAUCUUGGGCAGGUGAUACUGCAUUGUGUGUACGACUCAGACCCACCCACUCUCCUGGAAACAAGCAGGUUGUUGCUCACUUGCCUUUCCCAGACAGAAGUGGCCAGUGUCUGGGUUGAAAGGAUCCGGGAGCAACCAGCUGUUCAUGAUAGUAUUUGCUUCAUCAUGUCAAGUUCAACAAAUGUUGACUUGCUGGUGAAGGUGGGGGAGGUUGUGGACAAGCUCUUUGACUUGGAUGAGAAGCUAAUGUUGGAGUGGAUUAGAAAUGGGGCUGCUCGCCCUCUGGACCAGCCUCAGGAAGACUGUGACGAGCAGCCAGUGUUCAGGAUUGUACCCUGUGUACUGGAAGCUGCCAAGCAAGUACGUUCCGAAAACCCGGAAGGGCUGGAUGUCUACAUGCACAUCUUACAGCUGCUGACCACUGUGGAUGAUGGAAUUCAAGCAAUUGUACAGUGUCCUGAUACGAGAAAAGACACGUGGAAUUUACUCUUUGACAUGGUGUGCCAUGAAUUCUGCCAAGCAGACGACCCACCCAUCAUGCUGCAGGAGCAGAAGACGGUGCUGGCCUCUGUGCUCUCAGUGCUGUCAGCCAUCUGCUCCUCACAGGCAGAGCAGGAGCACCCGAAGAUGGAAACAGUAGAUCUUCCUCUAAUUGACAGCCUAAUUCGGGUGUUACAAAAUAUGGAACAUUGCCAGAAGAAACCAGAGAACUCCACAGAGUCCAACACAGAAGACCCUAAGAAGUCUGAUUUAACCCAAGACGACUUCCAUUUGAAGAUCUUGAAGGAUAUUUCAUGUGAAUUCCUUUCUAAUAUUUUUCAGGCAUUAACAAAGGAAACUGUGGCUCAGGGGCUGAAGGAGGGCCAGUUAAACAAACAGAAAUGUUCCUGUGCAUUUCAAAGCCUCCUUCCUCUCUAUGGCCCUGUGGUAGAAGACUUUGUUAAAAUCCUACACGACGUUGAUAAGGCCCUUGCUGAGGACCUGGAAGAGAGCUUCCCAAGUUUGAAGGUUCAGACUUAACACCCAAGUUCAGAUUUCUACUGUUCAAGAAAUAAACUUUGUGUUUUUUAUGGUUUGAAAUUGACAUGCUUUCAGAAAGUCUUGGAUAAAAGUCCUCUUACAUCGUAAUCGCCUAGUGUCAUCCCAGGCCUCCUCCUCCGUCCUGUUCGUUGGAACCUGAAGUGUCACCGCUGUCACCUCCCCCCUUUCAAACUGAUUAUUUGUCAUUAAUCUUUAGCUGAAGAAGAGAGCAAACGUGCGAGCUUCUCAAAAUCGCAGCUUUCAAACACUCGAGUUUCUUUACACCUGUCAUGUUUUCAGUGGUAAUUUUGUGUCCAAGUAUGUUUAGCUGUACGAACAGAAUCCAAUAACUUUUUAUUAUUUUAUGCAAUUAGAAGCAGAGACUGUCAGUUUAGACCUGAGAAGUGGCUCGGGAACCGUGUCCUCUUUCCCCUCUGUGUGGCCUGUGGUGUAGACGUUGCAUUCCCGUCUGUUGCGGUAAAGGGGACUGUGCUCGGUCUUCUGUCUGUAGUCAGGGAAAAGAGGCGUUACAGGAGGUCUUGUCAGCCUCCCUUGACCUCUCUCCCUUGUAUUUAAAAUCUGGGCCCCUCCCUCCCUCCCUCUGGGAGAGGGAAGGCGUGACUGGCUUUAGGAUAGUCACUCCAGAAUCUGCUCUGACGUGGGGGCAUGUUUUAGCCAUUCUGCAGGUGCCGUUUAUGUAGUCCUCUACAGAUUGUUGGUAACCACAUGAAGGUGUUCCUUUGCCUUUGCUCCAUUUCAGUGCGUUUUGUGUCCACAGAUGACGGUAGAAACGCUGACAUUUGAUUUAACCACAUUAGCAAGAUGGCCAGUUUUCAGCCUAAUUUUAGUGGUUGAAUUUCAGAAGAUGAUUUGCUUGAACACAUUUAAUGUAAGAUUGAGGGAGAGUAGUGACCUCUGACCCUCCCAGGCUGUGCAGGUGACCCCCCCCCAUGAAAAUCCUCA